CCCGAAAAGACCGAACCUUUUCUGCUAGCUUCAAUUUCGAGAGUGUGAAGCAGAGACUAGAAAUACGAAAAAAUCACAGUGCCUUGGACCCCAUGGCACCACCUGUGUUGAUCCAAGAACCUGAAACAGUGAGCUCAAAUAAUGGCAUGUUCACGCUGGGAUUCUUCAGACCUCGGAAUUCCACAAAUCGCUACUUAGGAAUUUGGUUUAUGUCUGAAUCCUCUGUUGUUUGGGUUGCUAACAAAAACGACCCACUAACAGAUUCUUCUAGGAAUAUUCUCACAAUGUCAGAGAAUGGCAAUCUUCUUGUUUUGAAUGGGCAAAAACAAGUUGUUUGGUCAACAAAUGUCUCAAUGGCAUCAAAUUCUAAUGCUCAACUCUUAGAUUCUGGCAACCUUGUCCUCAUUGAUAGAACUACUGGAGCAUUCUUGUGGCAGAGUUUCCAGCAUCCUGAUAAUACAUUAUUGCCAGACAUGAAACUGAGUACUAAAAAAACAGGCAAGAAAAUGCAACUUACAUCAUGGAAAAGUACAUCUGAUCCAUCCUAUGGAGGAUUCUCUUGCAGCCUUGAACUUCAUAAUGUUACCGAAGUGUUUGUGUGGAAAGAAAAUCAUCCUUACUGGCGUAGUGGUCCCUGGAAUGGCACGCACUUUCUUGGGGUGUCUCAGAGUUCAUCUAUGUCCCUAAAUGAGCUUCAGAUGAAAGGAGAGGGAGGGAGUUUCGACCUGUAUUUUCAUUACUCAGACAAGUCUACUUUGCUAACUCUUAAGUUAGGUCAUAAAGGUAAACUAAAGAAACAACGUUGGAAUUCCCAGAAAAAUACAUGGGAACGUGAAUGGGUAAGUGAGAAUUCCGACUGUGAUAUUUAUGGCAAAUGUGGCAGAUUUGGGAUCUGCAAUUCUUUAAGCUCACCAAUCUGCAGCUGCUUGAGAGGGUUUGAACCAAAGAACAAAGAAGAAUGGCGAAGGCAGAACUGGACUAGUGGGUGCGUGAGAAGGGAAGCACUUCAGUGUGAUGGAGACAAAAAUAGUUCUCAAGAUAGCAAACCAGAUGGAUUUUUGAAGCUGGAGAGGGUAAAACUACCAGAUCAUGCAGAAGUUUUUUCUUCUAACUUUGAUCAGCAUAUUGCAGAUUGCCAAACUCAAUGCCUGAAGCAUUGCUCUUGUAUAGCUUAUGCCUAUGACAGAAGCCUUGGUUGUAUGGUUUGGAAUGUAGAUUUACUUGAUACACAGAACUUCCCAGUUGGUGGGUUUGAUCUUUACAUACGUUUGGUCUACUCAGAACUAGAUACAGGUAAGGCCAAGAGGAAAAUGACAAUAUCUAUUAUAAUAUCAGCUCUGGUAGGAACCAUUCUCAUUAUGGCCUGUGGAUACUUCUUAUGGAAAAAAAAGUCAAACCAAAAAGGGGAAACGCAGAUGCAGAUGCAGAUUUCAAACCUGAAGCAACUUCAUAAUCAAGACCUAUCAUUGUUUGAUUUUAGAAAGUUGGCAACUGCAACAAACAACUUUGACUUAGCAAACAAACUUGGGCAGGGAGGUUUUGGUCCAGUUUAUAAGGGAAAGUUUGAAGAUGGACAAGAAAUAGCAGUAAAAAGACUUUCAAGAUCAUCUGGGCAGGGUAUUGAAGAAUUUAUCAACGAAGUGGAGUUAAUUUCAAAGCUUCAGCACCGAAACCUUGUUAGACUUCUUGGUUGUUGCAUCGAAGGAGAUGAAGAGAUAUUAGUUUAUGAAUACAUGCCAAACAAAAGUUUGGAUGCAUAUAUUUUUGAUCCACUGCAACAAAAAUCUGUAGAUUGGGGAAGACGCUUCAACAUAAUUGAAGGAAUAGCUAGAGGAUUACUCUAUCUUCAUAGAGAUUCAAGAUUGAGAAUUAUACAUAGAGAUUUGAAGGCCAGUAACAUAUUAUUGGAUGAAGGGAUGAAUCCAAAAAUAUCAGAUUUUGGGAUGGCUAAACUUUUUGGAGGUGGUCAAGAUCAAGCAAAUACAGAAAGAAUUGUUGGAACCUAUGGAUACAUUUCUCCAGAAUAUGCAACUGAAGGACUCUAUUCAGAGAAAUCUGAUGUCUUUAGUUUUGGUGUUUUGCUGCUAGAGAUUAUUAGCGGAAGAAAAAAUACUAGCUUUUAUGAGGAUGCAGAAUCUUUCACACUUUUAGGCUUUGCGUGGAAAUUAUGGAUCAAUGCCAAUGUUAUACCUCUGAUAGAUCCACAAAUAUAUGAUCCAAGCUUUCACGAUGAUAUAUUGAGAUGCACACAUAUUGGUCUUCUAUGUGUGCAAGAACUUGCAAAAAAUAGGCCCAUUAUGGCCUCGGUAGUGUCAAUGCUUCAAAGUGAGCUUAUAGAUAUUCCUCCCCCAAGCCAACCUGCAUUCAUCCUCAGGCAAACUAUGUCUCCUGCAACAGAGCAAACUCCAAGCAAUAAUGAAUUAAGUUCCAUCAAUGAAGUAACUAUCUCAAAUUUUGCUGGCAGAUAAAAUAUAUUAUUCAAAAUAUGUUAUUCCUUUUUCUUGUACUUGUAUAUGGUUCAUCUUGCCAGUGAACCUAACAGGGGGACUUAACAGGGGGAUUCACUGCAAAUACUAGCUUGACUCAUUAUUGCCACGAUAAUUGUCUACUUGCUUGAGCUUGAGUGUAUCACUUCUGUAUAUAGGUCUAUAUUUUCAAAUUGUGAAAAUCUUACAUUGUGAGAGAAGUGAGCCUAGGGUGAGUUGAGUUAAAACCGAGGCUUGUAUAUAAAUUCUAGGUUAUCUUGAGAAAACCUUGAAGUUGUUGGUGAGCUUAUAAAUCUCUGGUAUAAGUUGAUACUGAGCUUGGAAACCAACCAUUAUAAUUGUUUUGAUGGUGAAGAAAAUCCCUUGAGCUCAAGACGACUUGACGUGGGUCAAAGAGAGUUGAAUUGAUAUAAUUGUUUUAUGAGCUUUA